AUGGAAACUGUCCUGUGGACCUUCACUGUUCCUAUUUACCCCUCCAAAUUUGGGCGUGUACUAAAGACGCUUAUGUGUUACGUCACCGCUCAUGCUAAAAAGUUUGUGCCAGAUUUAAACGCUUUCCUGGUUUCUAUCCAGAAAAAUACUCUACGCAUUUUGACUGCAGACGAUGGAUAUUUUCAUUCCAAUCAUGUCUUGGUUCCCAUUCACCCAGAAUUACCUACCAUACUCGUGAAAGCGCAAAUUUACGUGCGCGUUUUUUCUCCUCGCAUUGGAUUAGAGCUAUCGGCAACUGUUAUUUCACUGCAGCCACACAGGGCCAUUUGUGACAUCGAGUGCCCAAACGUCACUGUUGUCGUCCCCCUCUCCAAGUUUGACGCUGGUGAUUUGUCUUCAGACAUCCAUAAACUUGAUCCAACUCAUUACCCUAAGCUCAAUUUCGAUGAAGAUGAACCGGCGGACACCUCUCGCAAGCCAGCUAAGCGGAAGAGAUGUCAGGAAGAGGAGAAAUCAACUGUCCGGGAUUCUGUUGCGCGCUUGCCGUCUAACUGUAUUGUUUCAACGGCUACCGAACUUUCCGAUCCUCCGAAAUCUCAGUCUGUCCUUGCAGGCACCGAUGUUCGCAAUUCACAGUUGAAACCUGAGGAGCCAUUGCAGAAAAGUCAUUGCACUGAUUCAGGCGCUCGAUUUAAUGAACUUGUAAAAUUGGCCCUUCCAGCAUCAGCGAAUUCUGAUGUUUCUUCCAACGAUUACAAGGCUGACGACAGCGUCCUUAGCCGGAACAAUGAUUUGGCUCUCGUGGACUGUGCCCCGCGCGGACUGAUGGCUGAUUGA